CACCUGACCUGACCUGCCGGCUGCGACCUACACCAGCUGUGCCUGCUCAUUAUGGAGAAGGUCCUUGUCCUUCUGCUCGUUGCCUUCGCGGUAGCUUAUGCAGUUCCCGACCCCCGGGGAAUCAUAAUCAACCUGGAUGAGGGUGAGCUCUGCCUGAACAGUGCCCAGUGCAUCAGCAAGUGCUGCCACCGGGAAGACGGCCUGAGCCUGGCCCGCUGCGCACCCAAGGCCAGCGAGAACAGCGAGUGCUCCGCCCUUACGCUCUAUGGGACUUACUACAAGUGUCCCUGUGAGCGGGGCCUGACCUGCAACGUCGACAAAACCAUUGUGGGCUCCAUCACCAACACCAACUUCGGCGUCUGCCUUGAUCUCGGACGUGCCACAGAGUAAGCGAGCUCACCCGGGCCGGCACACCCCAGGACGCUCCUCCACCAGGACCCGCCCCUGGCCGGCCACCGCCUCGACCGGCAUCUCCGCCUUCUAACUGGGUUCUUGGCAAUUAAAGCCCCUCUUGCAAACCUUC